GAGCGAUCAGUAACAACCGAAUAUCGUCGCGUUAUGGUCGCACCGAGCAAACUCCUGGAGCCGCCCCUGAAUCGGGUGCACUGCGCCAUCCUGCACAGCCUGCCGGGCCAGAGUUGCACGAAGGCCUUCCUGUGGAAUCUCUACCGCAACCAUGUGUCCAGUGGGAAGUACUAUUCACCCUUGUUGCUGUUACCCUUGGUAAUGAAUUGGAGAAAGGUGUCCAGGAAAAUGGUGCUUUCUGUGGCCAAAAACUAUGCUCAAUCCGCCAGUUUUGCUGCCUGGAUAAAUGCCAUUACCUUCUACUUGAUGUGCAUGGGAAGGCGUCUCAAUGCUCGAUUUGUAUUCAUAUUUAUACCAUUUCUGCCCUGCUGGAUUGCCUCGCAGUUGAGUUGGUUGAUGCCUCCUCAGGUGCUUCACUUCUUCGUGACUGGCAUAACACCAGCGGCAAUGGAAAGCCUGAUGAGAUAUUCCAACUUCGGCUUGGUACAUUCACCCAUGGCACAGACUCUUAUGUUCAUGAUAUCCUCGGUGAUAGUCUUGCAUUACCAGCAGACUCGAAAGUACUCUGGUUUCUGGUUCAUACGACCAGCUUCUCUGCCCGAGGAUAACGAAGAUCGGACGAUUCUGAAGCAAGUGCAGCAGGGUAUCAGGGAGUUGAGAUCAUACCUGGGCAUUGGACUGGCAAUGGAUCUGCUCAAUCCCUUGAUGAAGCGAAACAUAAAACUCUGGCGACCCAAGAUGACAAGUUUCUUGGCGGGCUACAUAGGAUUGUUUAAGGUGGUCCAAUUACUUUCUUUCAAAAGAUUGAGCGUAAAUCAAGCCAAUGCUCUGGCUUCCUUUAUAAGUGGGUCAUCGUUUGCUCUUCUACCAAAUCGUCUCACUUUCAUGUGUUUCGCCGUUGUAACUGCCAUCCAGGUGAUUUGGAGCCAGGUGUGCAAUGCUAAAGAUGAAAAGGAUUCGGUGCUAUCUGCAGUGCGAAAGAUUCCCUGGGCUAGACUGCUGAUACCCUGUAGUCUGGCAUAUCUGGUGCACAUUUUCUUCUACCACCAAAGGCAUCUCAAUGAGGUGGCUAGGAGUUUCAUAAACUGCACAUGUGAUAACAAUGGCCAACGAUUGUUGAAUCUGAUAGGUCUUCCCAGUGUCAAUGCGAUACUAGAAGCUGUGGAUAAGACACCCAAAACUUCCUUUUGGUUUUAAUUAUAUUGAUAUAUAAAAAUCAUAAACAUUUUCAGAAUGAAAUUAUAUAUGACCGUUAAUCAUCAAAUCAUUUGCCCACCAUAUUACGCUUUAAACGAUGCGCAUAAAUUA